GGCAUAAUUCCUGCAUGCAAGCGUGCGAGGCGACAGAUGAGAGUCGCACAACUCGUGCUCGCAUCGAUUCUGCCACGAAUUCCAGCCCUGCGUGACAGCAAGCUCAUUUUCCAGAGCCAGCUCUCCCUGCUGCAAAACGCUGCCGCGGGCGCACCACUGCCGCAGGACUCAUUUCCACACGCUCGGAGCACGUCAAAAUUCGGAGAGAUCCUCUGGCGAGCCAACGAUGCCGCGCGAGCGCGAAACGCACUGGACGCGCUCGGCAGUAACCCACUCGCGACGGCGACGGCGAGUGCUUACAGCGUCCUCGCAGCACUACAAAGCCAAGAGCUCGUCGAAAGACGACAAUCAGCAAGGCGCGACCUGCUCACGCCGACGCGGAGCCCGGAUUUUGAGGGCGUGCUGCUCUGGGAGUGCGCGGACGCGAUCUCAAAAGCAACACCUGACUUGGCCUGUGACGACCACGUUGGGGUGCUCUACGCGCUUGCGCUCUCAAGAGCUGCAUUAUCUGCCAGGGGCCACGGCGCCGACGCGCGCCGCCUCGAGCGCGCCGUCGCGAAGCACUUCCACGCGCUGCCGCGCGAGACGCGCGGCGACGUGGCCUACGACCUCGUGGCCGCCGAUGAUAUAAGGCGGUCGCCGCGCUUCGAUGGAGGCGACCGACGCAGAUCCCGAGCCGAUACCAUUCUAGUGGCCUUCGCGGGCCUCGGGAGCCGCGGCCACGUCGGGUACGAGUGGCGCGGCGCGGCGCACCGCAUCUCCCAGGAGCAGGAGUUCGACGUAUUGUUUGCGGCGGACCCGGCGGCGUCGUGGCACACGGGCGGGGCCUGCUGGCGUUAUAGGGGAGACGCUGCGCUCCGGCGCGUGCUGCGAGGGCUUAGAGGGCGCUACGACCGCGUCGCCUUCGUCGGCGACAGCAUGGGCGGGUCUGCCGCGCUCCGCUACGCGCAGUACGCCGACGCCGUGUGCGCUUUGGCGCCGCAGGUGACGAAUCUCGCGGAGGAUCCUCACGUCGGCCGCGAGGACUUGUGCGCGGCCGCGGCGCGCCGCCACGUCGAGGGGCCCCUGCUCAGAUCCGUGGAGCGCGCGCUCCGGCGGCGUAUUCCAAUAAGCGUCCACUUCUGCGCGGGCCACGCGCGCGACGCGGCACACGCCGCGGCGCUGCCUCCCGGCGCGACCCGUGUCGCGCACGCCGGCGACGAGCACGACGUCGCAGCUCUGCUGAAGGCGGACGGGGUGUUGGACGACGUCGUGCGUGAACUGCUUGUGGACUAA